AUGAGGAUGUUAGUGGGGCAAAUAGAAGUGAAGAAUAUGUGUUGAUUUAUUUAUUUUAUUGUCAUUUUCUUCUUUUAAAAUAAUGUCGGAGUCACCUGACACGCGGAGCUUGGUCUCGGCCUCUUCACAGCUCAAUUUAAUGGAAAUAGAUGCGAUCGAUGAUAAAGAGUUUGACAUCCCGCAAGUGGAUACACCCCCAACACUUGAGAGCAUCUUGAAUGAGCCCGAAGAUGAAGACGAACCCUUCAUCCUGGAAGACACUUGUCUCCUCAACACCGAAAACAUUGAUACACAUUCCUGUGAGACCUCCUCCCUCGCCAGCUCAGACAGCGGUGAUCGCACACACCUGAAAAGGAGAAAGAAAACCGUAGAAAUGAAUGCCAAUGUGCAUGGCUCAGUUCUCCGUCACAACAUCCUGAAGGGCAUCUCGGCUCAAAUUGUGUCUGCUGCUGACAAAGUAGACGCUGGUUUGCCAACAGCUAUAACCGUCUCCAGUGUUAUUGCAGUGGGCACAUCCCAUGGUUUGGCGUUAGUGUUCGACCAGAACCAGGCGCUGCGGCUGUGCUUGGGAACCACAGCCAUGGGGGCAGAGUAUGGCGCUGUCUCAGCCCUCAGCAUCAACCACGACUGCACACGACUGCUCUGCGGUUUCGCCAAAGGACAGAUCACCAUGUGGGACUUGGCCAAUGGGAAGCUGCUCAGAACAAUUACAGAUGCCCACCCACCAGGCACAGCCAUUCUGCAUGUGAAGUUCACUGAUCAUCCAGCGUUGGCUGUGUGCAAUGACAGUGGAGGCUCUGUGUUUGAACUGUCAUUCCGGAGAGUGAUGGGGAUGCGCACCUGCGACUCGCGCUGCCUGUUCAGUGGCUCCAAGGGGGAGGUGUGCUGUGUGGAGCCUCUGCACGCGGGGCCCGAGCUGAAAGAUCACCCCAUCACCCAGUACUCCCUGCUGGCCAUGGCCUCCCUCACUAAGAUCCUGGUGAUUGGACUGAAGCCUACCCUGAAAGUGUGGAUGACCUUUCCCUAUGGCAAGACUGACCCUGCCAGUGUGCCACAGUUAGCCUGGCAGUUUGUCUCCGCCCAGAAAGCCGUCAAUCCCAUCCUGGCUUUCUGUAGAGGGGACACCAUUCACUUCCUACUUGUUAAAAAAGACGACUCCGGAACCAUCCAUGUCAUCAAACAACGGCAGCUCCAUCUCAAUUGUGAUGUUAUCAGUCUUAGCUGGAUCAACUCUCGUACACUGGUGAUGGUGGACAGCGUGGAGAAGCUGCAUGUGGUGGAUCGGCCCAGUCAGGAGGAGCUGGAGCUGCUGGACAUGGCAGAGGUGCAGCUGGUCUACAGCAGCAGCCACUUCAAGUCCCUGGCCACCGGGGGCAACGUCAGCCAGGCCCUUGCGCUGGUUGGGGAGCGGGCCUGCUACCAGUCCGUCUGCAGCUACGGAGGCCAAGUGGUAUACCUGGGAACCAAGUCCGUCCACAUCAUGACCUUGAGGAACUGGAAAGAGAGAGUGGACCAUCUGCUGAAGCAGGAGAAGUUUGUGGAGGCCUUGGCCCUGGCCUGGUCUUUCCAUGAGGGCACUGCUAAGGCAGUACUGGGUUUAUUUGGGGAACCCGCCAAAAGAAAAGGUGUUGUUGCUGACAAGAUGGUGGAGAUCCUCCUCCAGUAUGCAGAGCGCUCGCUGAAGAAAUGUCCAGAGCAGGGCAAGAUACAGGUGAUGGAGCAACACUUUCAGGAUGUGGUUCCCGUCUUGCUAGAUUACUGUCUACUCCUGCAGAGAACAGACCUGCUCUUCAACCAGAUCUACGGGCGGCUGGUGGAGAACUGCGUUGCCAAGGGCGUCUUCCUGGAGAGCCUGGAGCCGUACAUUCUGAGCGAGCGGAUUGGCUGCCUGAGCGCGCCCGUCAUGAGGGACCUGCUGGCCUACUUCCAGGACAAUGGCAUGAUGGGAAGCGUGGAGGGCUGCCUCGUGCACAUGGACAUCACCAACCUGGACAUACAGCAGGUGGUGCAAAUGUGUUGGGAUAACCAGCUGUAUGAUGCCAUGAUCUACGUGUUCAACAGUGGGAUGAACGACUACAUCACACCCAUGGAGAAACUAUUCCAAGUGAUUGGGCCGGCUCUGCGGGAUGGCAAGCCGCUGACAGAUAUAGAAGUCGUGAUGGGCAACAAACUGCUGGUGUACAUAAGCUGUUGUCUGGCUGGGCGAGCUUAUCCUCUGGGAGACAUUCCCGAAGACUUGGUGCCCUUGGUGAAAAACCAGGUGUUUGAGUUCCUGAUUCGUCUGCACUCUGUGGAGGCUGGUGAUGAGGAGGAGUUGUACCCUUUCAUCAGAACACUACUGCACUUUGACACCAGGGAGUUCCUCAACGUCCUCGCACUGACAUUUGAGGACUUCAAGAAUGACAAGCAGGCACUGGAGUACCAGCAGAGGAUAGUGGACAUCUUACUGAAGGUGAUGGUGGAGAACUCCGACUUCACUCCGUCCCAGGUGGGCUGUCUCUUCACCUUCUUGGCCCGUCAGCUGGCCAAGCCGGACAACACACUCUUCGUCAACCGCAAGCUCUUUGACCAGGUCUUAGAAUUUCUCUGCAGUCCUGACGAUGACUCCAGACACACAGAAAGACAGCAGGUGCUGUUGGAGCUGUUGCAGGUGGGAGGUGUGGUGCAGUUCGAUGAGAGUCGACUCCUGAGCCUGGCAGAGAAGGCAGAGUUCUAUCAGAUCUGUGAAUUUAUGUAUGAGAAGAACCAACUGUAUGACAAGAUAAUUGAUUGCUACCUGCAGGACCCCCUGAGAAAGGAGGAGAUCUUUAACUACGUCCAUAACAUCCUGUCCAUGCCAGGCUACAGCACUGAGGAGAAGCGCUCUGUCUGGGACAAAACCCUCCAGCAUAUCCAGGAACUGGUGAGCAUAAAUCCGUCCAAGUCAGCUGAGAUGGUGUCUGGGCACUUUGCCGAAGAAAUCCAACCCAUCAUUACCACAUUACAGGAUGAAUAUCUUGUGUUCCAGUUCCUAAAGAAUCUGCUCGAUCCCAGGGAGGGCCAGGCUCCCCAGUCUCAGCUGCGCCUGGGCCCCGACAUGCAUGAGCAUCUGGUGGGGCUGCUGUGCCGCUUCAGCCCCCUGGAGGUCACCCCCUUCCUCAGGCACUCGCAGGACUAUCGACUGGAGGAGACUAUCCAGAUCACAGAACAGCACCAGCUGCAUGAGGCGACGGCCUUCCUUCUGGAGAAGAAGGGAGACGUACAGGGGGCAUUUCAGGUGUUGCUUAAGACUCUGGACAGCAAACUCAGCUCCCUAGCCCAAGAGGGACUGAAGGCACCUGCGCCUGCCCCAGGUAGGGAGGGAGAGGAGGAAGAACAGGAGGUGGAGAAGAGGAGUGCACAGGAGGAGGAGGUGGAGGUGGAGGAGAGGAGCGUUGAAGACGGUCCUCUGCAGAGGGUGCAGGAAGCGCUUGGAGACAUCAUCGCCCUGUGUGUGAGGAGCUCGCAUGGACUCAACCAGCAGCAGAGAGAGGCCUUGUGGUUUCCUUUACUGGAGGCAAUGAUGUCACCACAGAAGCUACUUAAGGGCCCAGACGCCAAGCACACCUCAGAAGCACUGAAGGAGCUGACCAUGCAGGUGUUGAACAAUAUGUCCACAUUCAUCGCCCUUCCCGCCAUCAUCCAACGCAUCCUACAGGAUCCUGUGUAUGGAAAAGGCAAACUAGCUGAAAUCCAAGGCUUGAUCCUGGGCAUGUUAGACACAUUCACAUACGAGCAGACCUUACUGGAGACGACCACUAGUCUGCUGAACUCUGACCUGCACUGGUCCCUGUCCCAGCUGCGUGCGGCGGUGAGCAGAGGGCUGCACCCGCGUCAGGACCACUGCAACAUCUGCCUGCAGCAGUACAAGAGGCGGCAGGAGAGUCAGGAGGAGAUCAUCAUAUUCAGCUGUGGUCACCUGUAUCACUGCCAGUGCCUGCAGAGGAAGGACCAGGGUGUGCCGGGGGCGGGGCCAGUGGGCUGGAGCUGCUACAAGUGCACCUCCAGUCAAGCUGGGCGGAGUUCGGAACGCAGCGCCGUGGAAACGGGACGUGGCAGAGCCGCCUCUCUAGCGCAGAACCGUGUGACGUCUGCCCACAGGGGAGUGGGAGAGGGCCCGGGCAAGAAGAUGAUGUGUGAGGCUACGCUGGAUGCCCAACAGAGUCUGGCUUGGGAUCAGUUACGAUGCAUCUACAGAGGACCUUCUCGGCUGGCCAUCCUCUCAGAACUCUCCAGCUCGCACUCCAAUGAGAAAGCCGGCCUGCUAAACCCCGCCCAUCCGGGAACAGGAAGUAUGUUCCAAAGUGAAGCGUUCCAACUCAAGCUUUCUCCUCCGCCAUUGGUGGAGGAGUGAUACAAGACCCGCCUUCUGUUACAAAACUCAAUUUAAUAAAGCACUACCAUGUAUGUACAUACCAA